AUGAGCGAUCAAGAUGGCACCGCGGCGAGCGAUGAGUGGAGUGACCAGGAGACAGCAUUGACGGAAGAAGAGGUGGCUUCGCGAGAUGCCUUUGUGGCUUCAGUGCGAGAACUGUACGAGGCGGGAACGCCGUUUUUCACCAGGGAGAUGAUUCAGCUUGCGCAAGAUCAGGUUGACCAGAUUGCGAACGAUUCAGCAACACCGCGAAGAGUAGACCGACUUGGUUUUGAUGGUAAAAUGCAUCCACAAUAUGUCUCGCCCUCGUCGGCAUUCUCCAAGGUCCACAAUGAAGUAUAUCUGCCCAGGGUUUCCUACAAGUCGUUUGAGUCGUUGACCAUGCUGUCUCCACGUAGACAAUGCCUUGACGCGCUUGUUUCCGUCGGGAUCGCUAGUGUGUGUGACGGAGUGACUGACGAGUCGGACAUUUCGCAAGAUGUCGUGAGACGCGCAUUCGACGAGUGUCUGGAUCUGUGGGAGCAGAGCGACGAGUGGGCAGGCCUGAAAGAGCGGAUCCGACCGCAUCUUUCGACGCUGCCAAUGACGAUUGACAAGAUCAUCGGGUUCGGACUCGGCGACUUGUCCAUCGCUGUGGCCCGUGACGUUGACGAAGAAAUGAAGAAGCGAAGCAGUGAACAGCACGCCUUGAUGCUCACGUUGGCCGGGAUUCUCGAAGAAACCACCGGCAACGGCGUCAAGUGUCACGCCCAAGACCCCGCGUACUCCAAUAUUUGCAAAGAGAUUCUUGCCCAGAGGGGCGUUGACGUUGUGCACGGAGACAGGGGGUUCCUGUUGGUGGACGACAAAUCCAUCGUGCUGUCGUUCUCUCCCAACGUCCCCGUUCGACAGGUGAUUGCGGAUCUGACUCGUCCAGCAAUGAUGGUAUGGGAUAUCAUGUCCAAGCCCGAGAGAAGUGAAUGGCGACGGUCACGGGGUGUAUGGAUCAGUCCGCACACCACCGACCCUGUUUCGCCCAGAGUGUUGGCCAUGAAGGAAGAGAAAGGAGAAAGGGACUUUAAAGCUGCCACAAGGUCUGAGUCUCUCCCCGUAGAGGAGAAGCAGCUGGGCAUUGCUCCCAGCUUCGAAAAGGGGGCCCAGACAGACAUGAUGACCAUGGCGUCUGAGCCAGGCAUGGCCAAGGUCAUGAAGGACGGCCAUACCAGUGCCGACCACAAACAACAGGAGCAAUAUAAUAAAUAG